AUGGCAUCAACAACAACGAGACUCCUGCCGAUCGGCGAAGGACCAAGAGUCAUUGUCUACCAUCAAACAAUACACCGAGAUGAGCAAUACGUGUCUCUGCUGUCACUCAUUACCAACCAGACGGGCGUGACGCAUGUCAUAGUGGCGGCUAUACAUUUGAACGAAGGUCCGGGCAACAUCACCUUGAACGACGAUCCUCCGCACGCUUCCAAAUACGAAACACUCUGGGGAGAGGUGGCAUGGUUACAGGCUUCUGGCGUCAAGGUGUUGGGCAUGCUGGGUGGCGCCGCAAAGGGCAGUUUCGAAAGACUCGAUGGCCCCGAUGAUCAAAAGUUUGAAGAUUACUACAAGCCAUUGCACGCUUUGAUAUCCAAACACAAUCUAUCAGGUUUGGACUUGGAUAUCGAAGAACACAUGACUCUUCCUGGAGUCAUUCGUUUGAUCGACCGUCUGCGCGCUGAUUUUGGACCUGCCUUCCUCAUCACAUUGGCACCUGUGGCCACUGCUUUAUUACCCAACCAACCCCAUCUUUCAGGCUUUGACUACAGACUAUUGGAGCAGAUGCGCGGCGACCAAAUCGCGUGGUACAACACGCAAUUCUACUGCGGGUGGGGUGAUGCGACAACGACUUUCUGGUACGAUGCCAUCAUGAGUAUGGGAUGGCGUGCAGAUAAAGUCGUCGUCGGUCUAGUCACAAACCCUGGCAAUGGCGCAGGUUAUGUGGAGCAAGGCACCUCUCACGAUAUGUCAAGGAUGCUACGAGCAAAGUAUCCGACAUUCGGCGGCGUGAUGGGUUGGGAGUACUUCAAUUCGAAGCCUGGCGAGCACGGUGAACCAUGGCAAUGGGCUGCAGGUAUGGCGAGAGCAAUCAGACAAGCAUUGCCGCCGUCGGGUCAAUUACAAGGCGGAACGGGCGUGGAGAGACCUGGUGCAGGUAGCUUGCCGCCGACGAUACCGGUACCUGCGCACUCCUUUCCUGCGCAGGACAUUGAGACACUGCAGAACUUGGGAUUCUCAAGUCAACAAGCGAUCGCAGCUCUCAAUGCAACCAGUGGCAAUGUGGAGUAUGCUGCAGGGUUGCUCUUCGAGAACUGA